GGCUGCCUACGAGGAGAGAGAAUUGUUAGCUGGCAGCAGUUGAUGUUGCUGCUCGUGGCCCGCAGGGUUCCGCUGUCAUUCCGUACACAGACUCACUACCUGCUGCCCGCCCUCACUGUCGAGGCCCCGUUUUGGUCAGCUUUAUACUAAUAAAACUAAAAACGAUAAUCAGAGUUACACACAGCACCGUGUUCGACCGGCCAAAAUACAGGAACCAUGCCCGAAAGGAGGCCCUUCGUACGGCUACCAACUGACGUUUACCCCGUCAACUAUGGCUUAUGUCUGAAGCCCGACCUGAUCGACUUCACCUUCGAAGGCAAGCUGGAGGCGAUGGUGGAGGUUACACAAGCCACAAAUCAGAUUGUGAUGAACUGUGCUGACAUCGACAUCAUCACAGCUUCCUUUGUGCCGGAGGGAGGAGAAGAAAUUAAUGCUACAGGAUUCAACUAUCAAAAUGAGGAUGAAAAAGUUACCCUGUCAUUUCCUAGUGCGCUACAGAAAGGCUCUGGCACAUUGAAGAUAGACUUUGUUGGGGAGCUGAACGACAAAAUGAAAGGAUUCUAUAGAAGUAAAUAUACAACCUCUGCUGGAGAGAUCCGCUACGCUGCUGUCACACAGUUUGAGGCCACGGAUGCUCGCAGAGCUUUCCCCUGUUGGGAUGAGCCAGCUAUCAAAGCCACCUUUGACAUCACUCUGAUAGUUCCCAAGGACCGAGUAGCCUUGUCAAAUAUGAAUGUCAUUGAUCGAAAGCCAUAUCCAGAAGAUGAAAACCUUGUGGAAGUGAAGUUUGCCACCACACCCAUCAUGUCCACAUACCUUGUAGCUUUUGUCAUUGGUGAAUACGACUAUGUGGAGAGCCAGUCAUCAGACGGUAUAACGGUACGCGUCUACACACCUGUCGGGAAGGCCGAACAAGGGAAAUUUGCACUGGAGGUUGCGACUAAGACCUUACCUUUCUACAAAGACUACUUCAAUGUUCCUUAUCCAUUGCCUAAAAUUGAUCUCAUAGCUAUUGCCGAUUUUGCUGCUGGUGCCAUGGAAAACUGGGGCCUUGUUACCUACAGGGAGACGGCACUGCUAAUCGACCCGAAGAACUCCUGCUCAUCCUCCAGGCAGUGGGUGGCGCUGGUGGUGGGACACGAACUUGCCCACCAGUGGUUCGGAAACUUGGUCACCAUGGAAUGGUGGACCCAUCUGUGGCUUAAUGAGGGAUUUGCAUCUUGGAUCGAGUAUCUGUGUGUGGACCACUGCUUCCCAGAGUACGACAUCUGGACCCAGUUCGUCUCAGCCGACUACACCCGCGCUCUGGACCUGGAUGCACUGGACAGCAGCCAUCCCAUAGAGGUGAAUGUGGGCCAUCCAUCAGAGGUAGAUGAAAUCUUUGACGCCAUUUCCUACAGCAAAGGAGCAUCUGUGAUCCGCAUGUUGCACAACUACAUAGGAGAUGAGGACUUUAGGAAAGGAAUGAACGCUUAUCUUUUGAAAUUCCAACACAAAAAUGCUUCGACUGAGGAUCUAUGGGACUGUCUGGAACAGGCCAGUGGAAAACCCAUUGCUGCUGUGAUGAGCUCGUGGACCAAGCAGAUGGGCUUCCCGAUAAUAGUUGUCGAUCAGGAACAGCAAGGUGACGACCGCAUCCUCAAAAUAUCUCAGAAGAAGUUCUGUGCCAGUGGACCACAUAAUGGUGAGGAUUGCCCCAACUGGAUGGUCCCCAUUAGUAUUUGUACCAGCGAGGACCCCAAGUGCACCAAGCUCAAGGUUCUUCUGGACAGACCCGAGACGACCAUCACAGUGAGCGGCGUGGCUCCUGACCAGUGGAUCAAGAUCAACCCCGGCACUGUGGGCUUCUAUCGCAUCCAGUACAGCUCGCCCAUGCUGGAGAGUCUGCUGCCGGGCGUCAGAGACCUCAGCCUGCAGCCUGUGGACCGGCUCGGCCUGCAGAAUGACCUCUUCUCCCUGUCUCGUGCAGGGAUGAUCAGCACGGUGGAGGUGCUGAAACUGAUGGAGGCGUUUGUCAACGAGCCCAACUACACGGUGUGGAGCGACCUCAGCUGCAACCUGGGAGUCUUGUCCUCGCUGCUGUCACACACCGACUUCCACGAGGAGAUCCAGGAGUUCAUCCGGGACCUCUUCACCCCCAUCGGCCUGGAACUCGGCUGGGACAGCAAACCAGGGGAAGGUCACCUGGACGCCCUGUUGAGAAGUCUGGUUUUGGGGAAGCUGGGGAAGGCAGGACACAAGCCCACGCUGGAGGAGGCCCGACGGAGAUUCAAGGACCACGUGGAAGGCAAGCAGACCCUGCCUGCAGACCUCAGGAGCCCGGUGUAUUUAACAGUGCUGAAACAUGGAGACAGUGCCGUAUUGGACACAAUGCUGAAGCUCCACAAACAAGCCGACAUGCAAGAGGAGAAGAACCGCAUCGAGCGAGUUCUGGGCGCCAUCUCUGCCCCGGACCUCAUCCAGAAAGUCCUCAGCUUUGCCCUCACGGAAGAGGUUCGUCCCCAGGACACGGUGUCAGUAAUCGGGGGAGUGGCAGGAAGCAGUAAACAUGGCCGGAAAGCUGCCUGGAAGUUUGUCAAGGACAACUGGGAGGAGCUUUACAACCGCUACCAAGGCGGCUUCCUCAUAUCACGGCUCAUCAAGCUCUCAGUUGAUGGAUUUGCUGUCGACAAAAUGGCUGCUGAAGUGAAGAGUUUCUUUGAGAGUCACCCGACGCCGUCAGCUGAGCGUACAGUGCAGCAGUGCUGCGAGAACAUCCUCCUAAAUGCUGCCUGGCUGAAGCGCGACGCAGACGACAUCCAGCAGUAUCUGCUGCAGCGCAAAGCGCCCCCAGUCUGAGCCGACCGCCGCCGCCGCCGUCUCCUCCAGCCCCCUUCCCCCCUCCCUCCAGCGCGGACCUCCCAGCAUCAUAGCUGCCUCGGCCCCCCCGUCAAUACAGACCAGAGCGGGAGACCAGAGCGUAACAGCAGGCUUCAUUUCUCUAAAGAAACUGUAUGAAUCAAGAAGACAAAGACAAGAAUUUAACAGAGUGUUGGAAACGCAAAGAGACUCUUUCUACGUUUAACAAAGCAAAUCCAUCUUAGUCAGACCAGGAAUGUAGUUUUACCCCCAUUCUGCCCACGAGCAGACGACAUCUGCAGUCAACAAGUAACGUUAUAAAACCGAUGCUCAGCGAAGUCGCAGAAACACCACGUCGCUCGAAAUGAUCACUAACCCUGCUAACGCACUCUGCAUCACCUGCCCCGUAUGCACACCCUCAUCCAUCUCUGCGUCGUAGCUGAGAAAACUGUGAACCCCCCCCUACCUCCCCCAAUUUUUUCUGCUGCUGCCACUCAUUUUAAAUGCAUGAUGUGUGAUUAUUUUAUUUUUUUUUGCAUUUGCUGCUUUGUUUACUUCCGUUUGUUUUCUGUACAAACAAAUUAUUUCUUAUUGUGUUGAAUUUUUUCCCCCCUUUUCUCCUGUUUCCCUCUCUUUCGGGCGUUGUGAUUGGGUGAAAGCAGAAGGCCCCUGGACAGAAUGGGGGUUAACAGACAGUAGUGUGUGUUGUAGUUUCCAACAGCACUGAUUCUCCAUUUGCUAAUAAACGAUUAGGAUGAGGCGAGCAGCGCUAGCAUGGUACUACAUUGUAAACUGUUUAAUGCAAGCAUUUUUUUUUUUUUUUUUUUUUUUGCAGAUGAUGUUCCUUUUUAAAAGAAUUAAAUGGAAAAAUUCAUGAUUACCUGUUUCCACCUCCCCCUAAAACCCCUCAAGCUCUGUUCAGACAGAGUUUGUAUAGUCUGAAUCAUCAACAAGCAUAUUUAAACUCCCGUUUCUUUAUCUGCCAGACAGUGGCGUGUUUUAUAAGACAUCAGAUGCAGUGAUUUAUUUAAAUGUUGAGAUAAUCUUAUAUUCUGAGCAGAGAGAGAAAGAACAAAAGAUGGCAACACUACUUUUUCGGGGCCUUUUCGUUCUGAAGUAACAUCAGGAAACGCCUCCUAGUAGGGUUGAGAGUGCGGAGGAGGCCCGGUCCGGACUUUGUGGACGAGACAGAUCGACUUGACUUCGUUGUCUAACUUGGAAGCCUUAAGUCGGCCGACUGGUUUGCAGUAAAUAUUUAACACUGAAGUGGUGAUGAUAGGUGACUUCCACAUAACGUCAAGUGUAUCUAAUGUGACAGAUUAUGCAGACUUGUUGAACGAGUAUAUCUAUAUAGAAUUUAAAAUUUGAUGUGGUUUUUUUUUUUAUUUUGAAAACAUCCCUACAAAGUCAUCCAACCUGUUGUCGAGACCCUCCCACGCCCCUCACCCCGGAACAUUUGUUGUUGUUUUUGUUUUUUUCAGUUUAUCUUUUUGUUUCUUUAAAUUUUUUGUUUAAAAAUACAGUUGGUGUUCAUUAAAGUGAAAAAAAAGGAUUAUAAAAACAAAUUAUGUGAUAUUAGUACACGUUGACUUUUAAUGAGUGAGGUGUGAGUGUGCAUGCCUGGAAACAGAUUUGUAAUUUAUUUUGUAUUAUCUCGCACAUCAACAAGGUGAGGAGAUGAUCAUAUUGGAUUACAAAUGGUUAAAGCAGCACUGAAACUGAUGAAUAACAUGCAUAUAUGUCUCAGCUGAGUUACACCCAAUGAAAAAUGAAUUGGUUACAGAUUGACACAGAUGAUUACAGAGAGAAAAUUCAAACGUCUGCACAUUUUGGUUUCAUAACGUAUCAGGCAGCUUUGAGUUUGUGUUGACCGUCUUGUCUUUUUCUAAUGAAUAUGAAGUUAGUUCAACAUGUGGGAUGUCUUUGUGGUUCUGAGUUAAAGAAGAGCAAAAUCUUGUCGGGUAGGACGGCUUUGACUUCAGUGAUGCCAAGGCAAACGUAAAUAUGCAGUCCAAUAAAGUAACACUUGAUCCGGUGUCUGUCACUACGAGA